UCUCUGUGUCUCUCAAUCAGUGUUUCCUUGUCUUUUUCCUCAAUUAAUCAAAUUAUUUUACGCUACGAACUCUAUUUUAUCCAAAAACACGAUAAGGCUGCAGUCUUUCCGUCUAAUAUAAUCGUACGGUCGCCGGAGACCCUAAAAUCGGAGCUCCGAAUUCAUUGUGAUAGCGGGUCCACCAGAGUACAUGGGGAAAAGGAGGUGGUUUAUUUUGGCGAUUUUUGUAUGUCUGUUUGCUUUCUCUUGUGGAAGAGAACUUAUGGCCGAGCAUAAGCACGCAGAUAAUCAUCUAACCGCUUACAAUCACUCUCUUGCAACAAUAUUGGUUGAGUAUGCCUCUGCGGUAUAUAUGUCAGAUUUGACACAACUUUUUACUUGGACAUGCCCGAGGUGUUCUGGUUUGACUGCGGGAUUUGACAUUAUAGAGCUGCUUGUUGAUGUUGAGCACUGCUUACAGUCAUUUGUUGGAGUUGCAAAGGAUCUUAAUGCUAUAGUCAUCGCCUUUAGAGGAACUCAGGAACACAGCAUACAGAAUUGGAUUGAAGACUUGUACUGGAAACAACUUGAUAUAAAUUACCCAGGCAUGCCUGAUGCAAUGGUGCACCAUGGGUUUUAUUCUGCAUAUCACAAUACAACAAUUCGACCUGGAAUUCUAAAUGCAGUUGAAAGAGCAAAGAAGUAUUAUGGAGAUCUUAAUAUCAUCGUGACAGGGCAUUCAAUGGGAGGAGCCAUGGCAGCAUUUUGCGGACUUGAUUUGGUGGUUAAUACUGAAGCCAAGAAUGUUCAGGUUAUGACAUUUGGACAGCCUCGGGUUGGCAAUGCAGCUUUUGCAUCUUACUACAGUCAACUUGUGCCAAACACAAUUCGAGUCACAAAUGACCAUGAUAUUGUACCACAUCUACCUCCAUACUAUCGUUAUUUCCCUCAAAAGACAUACCAUCACUUCCCAAGAGAGGUUUGGCUGCAUAACAUUGGAGUGGGAAGUCUGGUUUAUGAAGUGGAGAAGGUCUGUGAUGGUUCUGGUGAAGACCCAGACUGUAGCAGGUCGGUGGCAGGGAACAGUAUUGCAGAUCAUUUAGUUUAUUUUGGUGUUGAGCUGAUGUGCGAGACAUGGAGAUCUUGUGGAAUCGUGAUGGAUUCUCUUGCCAAAGAGUACGGAAAAAUGGAUGUCAAAGGAAAUAUUGUUUUCUCCAGAGAUUCUAUUCUGAGAAUGAAAACAGAGACAAACAUUGGUGGAGAUCGUAUGUAGAAUUCAGAAUUUGGGUUCUCCUCCAAGGUGGCUGAGAGGCCACUUGUGAACUCUUCCCCAAGUAGGUUUUUCUUGAUUUUAUAUUCUGAGCCCAUUGUGUAGCUGAUGACCACUGUCGAGGGGGGCGUUCUGUAUAUAGAUUGAUUUGUACAUCUAAAUCUUUUUUAUUUAUAUUUUUUAUAA